CAGAACGCCGUUCCCGCCCGGCCCGCUGCCAAGGCCGGAUGUCAUUCGUUACGUCAGGCCCGCAAUAUGAAAGCAGUCUUUUGCUGGACGUUUGACCAUUCGUAAGAAUAGCCAACUUGAACCCUUGAUCCCACCCCACCAAUACAACACGAGAUGAGUUCCUACGUGUCCCAAUACCCGCCGGCUGUUGAGUUCGACCCUGCAUACAAGAAAUUCUUCGAGGACUUCUACGCUACGUCCGAUGCAGCAGAAGCGCAUGAUGAAUACGUCCAGUACUUCACUAAGGAUGCAACCCUCGUCAUGGCUUCCAAGAGGGUGGUGGGCCGGGAAGAGAUCUUAGCCCUGCGCAAAAGCAUGUGGGAGAAAGUUUCAACGAGAGCGCACAGGCCACUUCAAGUGUUUCCGUUCGGUCCGAAGUCAGACGAGGUUAUGCUGUACGGGACGGUCGAGUACGGCUUCAAGGCAGGCGGAGAAUCCAGCAAAGAUUGGGCUGCAAGGGCGCACCUAGUCAAGGACGAUGAUGGCAAGGUGAAGAUGAACUUCUACCAAGUCUACCUGGAUACCGGAGCUUAGAAUACGCUUAGACCAUGCAGGUAGAUCUUAUGUAGAUCUACGAUCCGUUAUAGGGGCUUCUCCGGUGCAUGCAGUGUUUAAAACAACCGGCAUACCGAGGUGACGUUCACCAAUGUACUGUGAGCACUACUUCAGUGCUUACUUUGGUACGCUUUCAAACGAAGCGGUCUUCAGGAAAGGCCUCAUAUUCGGAUCCGGCGGCGCAAGUAACGGGUCCACUUCACUCUGAAACACGCGCUGCGAAACCCCUCAGAACUAUACAAAACUGUAAUAUGAACUGGAGAUUAACGCAUGGGGCUCUUUUCUACUAUACGGAUGUGAGGGCCGCCAUCAAGUAGACGAUGUAUCCCGGUCAGUCACUUGGUUGUCAUAAAACCUUACGACUCACGUAGUCAUAUAACCCGAGAUGCCCAGAUGCGAAAGUUGUAAAUUUCCUGUCGGUACCCCAGCACUCCUCAUCUCAAAAACAUCAUGCAAAUUAUCUCGAGCG